AGGCCAUGGCGGCCGUUUAAAGGUAACCGAUUGAGCCAGAACCGGAGCGGCGGGUUUUUGCGCCGAGAGGUCCCUCUCCCUCCCUCUACCGAGCCCCGUCGCCAUACCAAAGUGUGACGAGACUCAAGAUUCAGGCCUGACGGGAGGAGGCGGAAGGGCGGGGGAAGGCCUAGAAUUCCCGCCGCCUCCCCUUGUGAGCUCCGAGGCCCCACAUUCCCCCCUCCCACCGCCGCCGCCACCAUAAUUUGGAGGGACGCGAGGAAAGACUCCCUAGAUAGAAGCGGGGGGAGCCAAAUCACGCGGCCGCCACCCCCACCCGCCUUCUGAAAGGAACCUUCCACCCGCCACUGUAUGCUAUCCCUCUUCUCUGAUUUAGCGCCGAGGGAAGUUCCAAUCAAGUCAGAGGGGGGGCGCCGUCCCCGUAAUCCUCUCCGUCCCCAUUGAUUUUAGCCCCCUGCAGCAAGGGCUGGAGGUGAGGGAGCCCAGAGCUCUCCCUCCCCAUAUCCGCUAAAGAGGGGACCCUCCUCUCUCUUGCCCCAGAGGGUACUGAGGAAAACACAAGCAGAGAGGUUUCGGAGGAAACCCAGUUGGCUCCCAGCUACUGUAUAGGAAAAGCCCCAGGAUGUACUGAGCGGUGGCGGAGACCGGGACUCACCGGCUUGUUUUGGGGCUCCCCUCAACUCUGGCACAGAGGGACUAGAAAGCCUUUUCGGGAGUGAGCUGGUGGAUAGAGAGCGCGCAUAGGGGGGCCCUAUUCCUCUUUGGGGGCUGCAUAGUUGAGAGCUGGGUUAGACAGGCCAUAGAGAAGCCUCCCCUUGGUUUUAUAAUUAUUGCUGGGAGACUUCGCGUGGGGGGGAUAGAACCCCCCCAUGAAUGUCUUGUUUGAGGGGAAGCCCCCCCCCGCCCGCCAAAGGUUGCCAGUCUGUCCAAUAAUCCUAAUAGAGUCCAACGGAAGGAUCUGAAGCAUAGCCCGUCCACGUGUCCCUUUUUUAUCCAGGGAGAGCAGGGAGCUGUUACUCCAAAUCAUUGCCGGGGACCCGCGAAGCACCCCUGUCACUUGCAGGUUAACCCAUCGGCGGCCUAGGCAGAAAACAAGUUGCUUUGCACCUAAGGGCCCUUUGUUGGGAGGGGGGUGGCUUUUCCGCACCCCCACGACACCGGCGGCGGGGGGUUCAGUAUCUGAACCUGUUAGCAAGGUGGAGGAGAGAGGGCCCCGUUUCUCCCUUUCCCUGUAUAGCAGGGAGUGGCGCCCAGUUUCCCGCUUCCCCCACCCCAGAGUUUUGGGACUUGGGGAGGAGAAGAGAAGAACCGAGAUGAUCCUUGCAGCAGCUUCGGCAGCGAGAGGAGAAGGGUCGGUGAGUCAGUGAGACCGGCCGGGGGAAAGUGGUGCAGCAAGAAAGGGGGGCGAUGGGUCUCGGUGGGGCGGGCGACGGCGGCGCCCCCCGAGGGGUCCAGGUGGGGGAUCCGGGCCGGAGAGGGGAAGAAGAAGAGGAGGGAGGAGGCGCCGCCGCCGCCGCGGCAGAACCCGGAGCCUGAAGGCGCCCCUCGUCGCUAUGAGAUCCACCGUGUACAAAGCCACCGCGGCGGCAGCAACGACGACGACGGGGCCGGCCUUGCUGGAGCCUGGCCCGGAGGAAGAGGAGGAGCCGCCGCCGCCGCCUCAUCUCCGCCAGCCUCCGCCUCCCCCGCAAAACCAGAUCCCCGUGCCGGCCCCAGCGGCGGCAGCAGCGGCGGGCCCCAAGGGCCGGGCCAUCGUUCCGGCGGCUGCGGCGGCCGCGGCCCCAGGACAGCAGCAGCAGGAAGGCGGCGGGGGCUGCUGCUGGGGUGGCCUGGUCCCCUCGCCGUGCCCGGUCGGCAGCACUCGGCAGGCGGGCGUGGGCGAUGCCGCCGGCAGCUCCCGCCCCUCCAAGUACCAGGCGGUGCUGCCCGGACACACCGCUGCUGCUGCCGCCGCCACCAGCGCCGCCGCCAAGGACAGCAAGCGAGGCGGCGGCGGCCCUCACGCCGGGCCUGGAGGGGCUCCGGCGUCACUUUCUCCCUCUCCUACGCCGCCGCCGCUACCACCGCCGCCGCCGGUUUCCGCCACGGCCGAGCCUGGACAGCCUCCUCCAGCCCCAACAGCGGUGCCGGCGGCGGCGGCGGGAGGAUCUCCGGCCUCUUCCGAGCCCGGCGGCAAGUGGAAAAGCAGCGGCUGCAGCAGCACCGGGAGCGGCGGUGGGGGAAGCAGCCUUUGGAAGAGCCCCAUGGGGGCCGGCGGGGGUGCCUCCUGCCAGACGGCCUGCCUCAAGCAGAUCCUGCUUCUCCAACUGGACCUUAUCGAGCAGCAGCAGCAACAGUUGCAGGCCAAGGAAAAGGAGAUCGAGGAACUCAAGGCCGAGAAGGACACAGUGAGUUGGGGGCCGGGACAGAAGGGGUUAACGUUCAUCAGGUUGGAGGGAGCGCGGGAGGCAGCAGGGAUCUGACGAACGAUGCGGCGCUUCAGGGGUUAAUAGGUAAGCGAUGGGUUGGGUGUUCGCUGGUUUUCUAAGGGUUAAUGGGGAGUGCAUGCAUGGUUGAGAGUGUUGUUAACAGUGGGAGGGGUCAAUGCAAAUUUCGCAGAGGCAUAUGGGGGCUAAUCGAAGGGAUGCAGGUGCUCAGUGGGAGUGAGUGUGAUGGGGUAGGCUUAACUGUCGCUAGCAGUUUCAGGAGAAAUCGGUGUGUGUGUGACUUUGAAACCUGAUCUGAGAAGGAUUUCAUGUAGAUGUGUGCAGUACAGUAGAUACGUUCAGUAGGAGGAGAUGAAUCAAGAAAAAUAACGAGGAGUUAGGCUUAAUUAACUAGAGGUGAUCAAAAGGCCCUGCAGUCCAGUCCCUAUGCAGCAACACUCCUCACUGAUCAUUUCUCUCCAGAAGUGGGCCGGGUGAAACGUGGCCCAUGUAAGGGUUAAUGUGGAAAGGAAUGAUCCUGAAGUGACUGGGUGCUUGCAUGUUGAGGGUUAAUGGGUGCAAGAAAUCAAAUGAUUUCUAAUGCUAUUGGAACAGGGUCUAAAAUGGUAGGGGUUAAAGGUGGAAACCAAACAAAGGUUUAGUACACACUUAAAGUGUGGGGUGUAAAUGUCUAUAGGCCAAUAGUAGAACUGUAGUACUGGAAGGCCAAUAGAAGGUGCGAUUAACUCUUUAGAGUUAAUAUUCAAGGACAGUUGAAGGCCCUUAGCAAUUAAUGGUACUAAAAAGUAGUGUGCAGCAGCCAAAGUACUAAGGUAUUGGCACCAUGAGAGUCAAGAACCAGGAAGGGGUUGACAACCUAGGGGUUAAGCUGAAAGGUCUGCUUGGUAGCUUGGUUAGCUUAAAGGUGGAGUUAAGGGCACUGGCACAAGGUGGGAGUAGAUUUGGGAAUGUUGCAGUUUUCAAUGAGUUAAUCAGGUUAGACUAGAGAGUGUGUGGCUCAUGGGGCCCCAAGACUGGAAGAGUGCUGUGGCAACAGCAGGGUUAACUCAAAGCAUCAGACAUGUGCUGUGUGCUACAAAUAGGGUUAAUUUAAAGGGGCCCUAGCUUGGGGCUGUGGCUGCCAUAUUUGGGGGAAGAGGAAAGCAGCUUAAGCAAAACAAUCAGCUGCAGUGUGUACCAUGUGGACAGUAAGGUGGGGGGAGGUCUCUAACUGGUGUGUUUUUAAAGGAAUAUUUCAGGUUUGGGUUUAGCAUCCCAUCUCGGUUCAUCUAAAAAUGUUGUCAACCCCGUCUUCUUUCACAGAAGCACCAACCCACUUUUUUAUUAUGAUUACUGCAAAAUGCUUAUUGUGUUGUACUCCUGCAAGGUGCUUCUUUCCACCCUUGCCCUGCCAUUGUGCCCCCCUAGCCAGGGUAUCCCAUAUCUGGCAAGGUUGUGCCAAACCCUACUGUUGAGAGUCCUUGACCCUUGCAACAAGAGCUUCUCUUACGGAGAGUGUUGCUCAUGUAGAGAUCACAUCUGUAAGGGAGGGGAUAUUCAAUGCGAGCAUGAGGGGAGGCGAUGCUGUAUAGCCCCCUUAUCUGUCUAUGCCAUAAGAGCUGAAUGAGGCAUAGUUUGAAGAUUGGGGGAGACCCUCUGGAUCAGCUGCAAAUGAAGGUUAGUUGAGUGGCUUUUUUAUGUCAGCUAUCUGUAGCAAAAGCAGUUUAGUGCAUAAUGUUCAUUUCUAAACUGUAGUCCCAGAAGCUGUUUAGUGUGUUUUCUUUCCCCAUCCUCACAUUGCCACAAAGGUCUUGUAAUCCUGGCCUGUAUGCAUGGCACGUCUGCAGCCUAAAAAUAGCCCCCUCUUCCUGGUUCCUGCAGCUGCUGCUGCAACCAUUAUUGUGAAGGAAAGUACCCCCCCUCCACUUUUUAGGCAUGAUCGUCAGAGUCUGCGUAUAAAAUGUAUGUGUGUAGUGUUGUUUCUGGUUGCAGGAAGUGGCGGCAGUUUUACUGUCUGUAACAGAAAGAUGUGAUCCAACACAGAUAGCGUUAAAAAAAACCCCAUCUCCCAUCAGGCCUGUGCUAAGUUAACCAAUAUGGAGGUGCUGGCUGCCUUCUUGCCGUCAAAGAAUGUGAUGAUGGCAGACAGAGUACUUUGCAUGCUCCUGCAAAGGCUUAAAAAAAGAAAUCAAGCCCUCACAUAACAAACACCCUGAAGAGCUAGAACACACACAAAACAGAUAAAUGCAAAGCUUGUGAGUCAAGCUGAUACCAAAACUGCUUGGGUCGGUUGUUGUUGCAUCUGCUGACUGCAGAUUUACAAAGUACCUGCAGUGGUUCUCUCCCUCACCCCUACCAGCCCCCCCUUUCCUCUUAAGGAGUAAUGCCAGAACCCCUAAGAGUGUCAGUUCAGUAUUUUGGUUUCACAUGUACAAAUUAUAUGAAUGCUCUUUGCUUUUUACCAUCCAGAGUGAUUUUAGUUUCUUAUAUGCUAUGUGCAGCAUUAAUAUCUAAAAUGGAGGCUUUUAUAAGUCUUACUUUAAAAUUGAGAGACUCUGAAUCACUCGGUGCUCCUGUUAAGAAUUCAUUGUGGGUUUUUGAUGUGUUCUUUCUAUUUACAUUUAAACAAAAAACAAAAUCCUAGUACAAAGCUACCCUCACAUAACUCUUACUACAAAAGUUGUACUUAGUGUUGACGCUGAGCUAAGUGGUACAGAGAAUUAAAUGAUGUGGAUGUCUGCGUACCGGAAAGGGUACAAAGGAAAACUGAGAAGUGGGGCUAUGAUAGAAAGAGCUGAAGAGGAUGUACUUUGUAGCCCUCCUCAGAUAGGGAGCUGAGGCUAAGGAGGGUGACUAACCAAAAGCUUAAUGCUGAAUCCAUGGCUGAGCUGAGUUUGUAUCAAAGUCUUCAAGCAGCAAUGCUGUACCCUCCUAUCAUGAAUAACAGCAUUCUGCCAUAUUUUUGUGCAACUGCUUUAGGAAUUAUCCAAUCCUUGUUGGCUGCAGAGCUUGAGAUAUAUGUUAAUUGCAACCCUUUGAGAUUUGUUCAUAGUAAGUGGCUUGAGAACCAUGGGGACAUGAUCUGCUCCCAGUUUAAUGAAUGUGAGCUAGGAAGAAGUAGUAAACAUUAUUUUGUAUUUUUAGCAAGGAAGUGCGGUUCUCAGGGAUAUGCAUACUGUAUGGCAUAGGCAAGUGGCACACUAUACCUAUGGGAGUCUAAAAUAUACUUAAAGAGACUGCUGCUCCACAGCUCUGAAACUAUUAAUAUCCCAACAUGUGCAUAUUUCUCAAGGUAGAACGUGUGUGCAGGUUGUGUUCACAUUAACAAAGGGAAAUAACGUAAGCUGUACUUGCAAGGACAAUUCAGAUUUAUUUAUUUCAUUAUUGCCCCACCUUUCCUCUUAAAGAGAAUCCAGGGUGGCAUACAUACAAACAAACUUGAUAAAAUAAAAUACAUUAGAAAACUCAAAGACUCUAGUAAAACAACAAUACAUACCAGCAAGUGGAGAUUUUAAAAAAGACUCUACUGUCACCCUCACCUUUACAGGAGCACUCAUUUCACCUCCAACUCGUCCUUUAAGUGAUCUGGAGUGGGUACCUCAAAAUUUUCUGGUGUUCUGUGUUCCCAGUGUAAAUCCUCUCUGUCCAUGUAGUGGAAGCAGCUACCAUAGAGUUCUGUCAUAAUGAGGAAGUAGCUAUUUUCCCUGUGGUCAACAGAUGCAGCCUAACAAAGAGGUAUAGAAUUGCCAGUAAAACAGAGUACCCUCAGUUGUCUUUAAUUGAAAAAGGGUUGGAUGUGUUUGGCAACCCCCACUUUAGAAAACAGUAUCAUGGGCAAUAAACAUGUCCAAUAGGUUCCAAGACUGUUGUGUUUGGAAUUAAAGAUCAGCACUCAAUGGUAAGCAUUGCAAGAUUAAACGAAUACUGGAACUUGCAUAGAACUGUCCCGAUCGGUUUGUUCCCAUCAUAUGCUAAAGUAAGGGUGAGGUUUAGUGAUUGGAAAUAUGUUUAGCUGAUGGACUGCUACCUUUAACAUCCAUAUUGCACUGUUGCAUUCUCAGCUCUUUGCUCGAAUUGAGCGUAUGGAAAGGAGGAUGCAGCUGGUGAAGAAGGACAAUGAGCGCGAGAAACACAAGAUACUUCAAGGGUACGAGACAGAGGAGAAGGUUGAGUCUGAAGUACCAGAGAAGUUGCCCAUAGAAUGCCAACCACCAGAACUUCUGGAGACGUCACAACCACUGCCUUUGAAGCAUUUUCCAUAUGGGAGGAAUGGGAAGGGUCACAAACGGUAAAUCAGAGUUGCUGUAUGUUUUCCUAGAUUACCAGUGUGCGCACACUGUAGCCCGCUUCACCUUAAAAUGCCACCACUGAGAUAAUAAAAGGCCAUCACUGACAUAAUUGUAUUCACUGCUUCUGUACUUAUAUACAUCUGUAUUUCCACUUGUGCCUAUGUUGCAGAUUUUAGACUAGCUUCAAUCCUGUUCAAGUGGUUCGCACCCACAGAAUUUUAGGCACUGUAAUUCUGUGAAGAGGCUAAGGAUGUUUAACAGAAGUUUCAACAUCCUGCAAAAGUACAAUUUCCAGUGUUAUCUGGGGGAAGCUUCAAUAAUUAAACCAGGUUUCAAGCCUAUUAACAUUUGUAACAAAAAAUGCUCUCAGUUACCACUAUCUCUUAAGUAGCAUUUUUCUUAGUGGUUUUCCAUAUAGGCAGAAUAGUACUGGCUGUUGGCUUGCAAUCUCUGUUUCUUGUUUAUGCAAUUCUUUAGUGUGAUGCCAUCAUAUCUGCAGCCUGGCAGAAAUCACAGAAUAGCACUCACCCCAUUUGUCAUGAUCCCAAGCGGUGGUGCCUUGAUGGUCAUGCAUAAUUUGCUCUGUGAUACAGCUUGGAAGCUUGUCUUGAGUCCAUUUAUCAAUCUUUUUUAAAAUAAAGCAGAGACAUGGGGAAUCAUUGAUACUCCAUGUCUGACAUACUUUGUAUUUAUGUUGGUAUUUUGUUACAAACCCACCCCCCCACCCCGAAAUCGGUAUGAUGAAGAGUGGGUUUAUAAAUUAAACAGUAUAAACAUAUUUGAAAUGGUUUCUGUAUGCUAAACUGGUUGUCAAUAGGAACUGGUGGGUCCUCUGCAACAUUUUCAGUAUUUUCUUUGCUAAACCUGUCCCCUCUUACUUUUGCAGGAAGUCUGCCUUUGGAAGUGCCGAGAGGAAAACUCCAGUGAAGAAGCUGGUGGCCGAAUUCUCAAAAGUCAAGUGUAAAACGCCAAAGGCUUCCCCAUUGAAAGAGGAACCCAGCAGUUCAUUAACUGAAUCAAUUAGCAGACGUGAGCUGCGAAGUCAGGAGACUCCUGAGAAAACCCGGUCAUUAGCGGACACUCCACUGAAAUCAUUGGCACCUUUGAGAGGAUCCGGGUGCCAUUCAAAAGACAAGGGUUCCUCCAGUGAAACAGAAGACUUGCCGUACCUUUCCACCACUGAAAUGUACUUAUGCCGGUGGCACCAGCCACCUCCUUCACCGUUGCGAGAGACUUCUCCCAAGAAGGAGGAGAUUGUAGCAAGUAAGAGGCUUGCUUGUGCCUUUGUGGUGGUUGGCCUGAUGUGGGUUGGAGGGGGCGUGGAACUCAUUCAUUUGGGGUUUUGUUUAAGAGUCUUUCGAACCCUCGAAGAUAGCCAGGUUGUGGCACUCCAUUUCUGAGUGAUGCUGUUUUAGGUUCUGAACCUCUGGUUGGAGUACAGAAGCUUUUGAAACCCACAUCGAUCUAGAACAGGUGUGGGCAAUGUGUGAAGAAGAUCAGCCACCCUGUCUAAUGACCUGUGGUGACAUUUCUGGAAAACCAUGAAAUUUGUGGCUUACCUGUGCUCAUAGUGAAUGCUGUAACCACCUGCUUUUGCCAGCAAGCUGCUCCGUUUCAUGUCUUCUGUAAUGGGGAGCAGUCUGCGUAGAAAUGAUAGGAAGUGUAUUAGUCAACUUGUUGUCUGAUGAAGACUAGAUAAACUGACACAAGAUGGUUCUGGGCCAGGAGAUAUGCAGUUGCUGGAGUGACCCAAGAUAUCUGGUAUGGCUGGAGUGUUCCAAAAUAAUAAUUUGGACCUCAUUCUGUCUUUGUUUCCGUUGCAUGGCUUAUAUACAUUUUGGCCUAUGUUUCAAAGGAGCCCUUUUAUACACAGUUAAAGGUCCACAUAUAGACCUGCUGAUUUUGUGGUAGUUCUUGCUGCUGCAGCAGCCAGAGUCUAUGAUGAAAACUGCUGUUCAGUUUUUAAAUCAGCUUGCCUAUCUACAACUAGCAGUAAUCACCGUAAAAAAGGGUGGGGGAGGUAGGGGUGAGUAGAAAUGAGAGAACGAUGAAAGAAAGGACAGUUAUGCAUAUGAUUGAAAUGCAAAAAAAUGGCAUCACUUUACAGGUUGGAUCUAAAGAUUGGGCCUGUAAAGUUACAUCAUCAAAUGGGCAAAGGCAAAUAGAUUUGCAUGUAUAGUUUUCUUAUGGGGGUAUUUGCUAGUCUUCUGGAUUGCAAUCAAAAUGUUUAAUGAAUUUAAAAGAUGAAUUGCCAUGUUUAUGCACUAACGGUAUGCUAAGAAGCCACACGAUGUUUGUUUAAUGCCGUUUUUACUAAAAAGUCACAUUCUAAAGUAAAUGCUGUAUGUCUAGUAGAGGACAUAAGUCAGCCAAGUGUCUUUAUUUUUGCAUUGAAACAGAGAACUUGAGUUCUGCGCUCUGAAUCAGUUAUGCAAAUGUAUUUCCUUGAAAUAUCACUACUUAUAAGCUUCAAUAUAAAUUAGAGGUUUGUACACUCUUUAUGGAGAGCAGUGCUGGUGGUGGAAGAGGAAUAGGUAAGUGAUGAGCGUUGCCUAUGUGACGGGAGGCCAUGAAGAACAGGUAUUUAGUCAUAAGUGAUCUGCCAAGACCCGGGUGCACAAGCUCUACCAUCUCAACACCUUUCCUAGUUUUCAGAUUCUUCCUUGCUCCAGUCAAAAUCCUGCAAGUACAGAAGGACAGCAAGCUACCCAACCCUGUGUGUAGACGCUGCAUCAAUAAAAUAAGACCUCCAUAUCUAUCCUGAGUUUGGUGCUUGGAAUCCAAUGUGCAGUGAAUGUUGACUUGCAUCUGUUUAUUUAUAGGCUUUUAUAUAUUUGUUUGUGUAAGUUGCAUAACUGUUUUCUUUCACCCUAUCUGGCAAGGAGAGGCAUGUGGUUGACAAGGUCAUGGGCCAGAAAAACCUUGUAGGGGAGCGGGGCAGUAGAGGAUCAAAAGAAAAGGGAGUGCUUUGGAGAGUCCAUAUUUGUGAAAGGGCUGGAAUUUCUAUAGUUAGAAGCCUCUAAACUCCUAAGACAGUUGCAGUUCCCAGGUUUCCUAGAGGGAAGCCAUGGCAGUUAAGCUGGUUUACCUUUAUAGUGCAACCAACUGAAAAACCUUAUUUGGUGUCUGAGGCUUUAAACUUGCUGCUGUCUAACCAUGAGGGCUAUAACAGGCUCUCAGUAGUUAGCCUGGAACAGUGGGUGAAAUGACUCCAGAAUAGUAUCUUACUGGGCACGUCCCCAUUUCAAGAGAAGGGACUUAAUCCUUCGCCCCUGCACUUCCCUACCACCAGAGUAGCAGAUGGCAAGAAUCUUUUGACCUUGGGCUGGUGUAUGUAUGUUGGGUGUGCAAGCAGUAAUUGUUAGAUAAUUUCCUGAUGUGUUACAUUCUCCUCAGCAAAUUGCAGAUUCUUUCCAUAAUCAGCCCUCCAUAUGGUUUGCUACUUCUGAGAUUUAGAUGGAGGAAAGAAUAAAGGCAAACAUGCUUGAUGAUAGUCUUUAUUCAGUCACUUCUUCAACAUACAACUCUUCUUCCUCAUGUGCCAUGAAGUCAUUGUGAAGAAUGCCUGUGGCAAAAGGAUAAAUGCACAGGCUGUGUUUCUCUACUCACUUUCUUCCAGAGUAGCCAUUUUGCUCUAGCAUUUUUCUUUGGUGGAUGAGUUUUCUCUGAGCAAGAUAACUCUUAACAGAAAAGAAUAGGCUACCUUAAGCAGUCUCCUCCAUCUCCGACGGUUGCACAAUAUUUAUUUUCUUCUGAGAUUCACAUCCCACCUUCAAUUGUAGAACCCAAGGUGGUGUCCAUGCGGUUCCCAGAGGCUCAGCCACCCAGACCCUGACCAGGCCCAGACGCUGCUUAGGUUUAGCAAGAUGGAGGCUUUAUGUGCUUUCAGAUCACAUUCUGGAAUUCAUUUGUUGUCGGACUUGGAGGUUUCUUCGCACAGGAAAAUUGCCCAUUUUUAUCAAACUCUUUUGAGUGGGGUCCUGGUCAACGUGUAUUUUACAGAUACUACAAAAGGCAAGGUCUCACAUUUGAGGCUUUGUUUUCUUCAUUUUUCUCAGCAAGCGGCCAGCUUUUUUACAAACUCUUUUACCAGGCAGGGCUCUUUCGAAUAGGGAAAACAAACUUUCUUGCACCUUCUUAUUCACCAUGAUUCUUGUCUGGGGUGAUGGAGUAUGACUCUUCUUGAAGCUCCCCAACCCUAGCUAUAAAGAUUCCCAGUUCCUCACAAUAACAGUAAGAAUAACAAUAAAUAAUAUUUUUUUAUUGCUUAUAUCCUACCAUCUGGCUGGGUUUCCCCAGCCUUGGGCAGCUUACAGAAUACAUAAAACCAAAGACUUGCAAGACCUCUUGGUCUGAGGUCAGUUUUCUGAUGCCAAUUCCCCCUGUUUUACCAGCUUGAGCCUGGGCUGAACCGAGCUGUCUUGCUGUUCUGUUUUUCUUGUAUUUUUAUGUUAUAACAAACAAGGUACAUUUCUCAGAGAAGCUGUGAAGCCAUUUCCUUCUGAAGGUUGAAAUAUAUUUUUUCCCCUCACAGCAGAUUACAGAAACACAUUCUACUUCUCAGCUGCUGCUUACUAAAAUCCAAGUGGCUUCUGCAGAAUAAAUAAGAAGAGCCUCAAGGUCUAACUAGCUUUCCACACCUUCUUAUGCCUUAGAGUUGCAUGUUUGACCUGUUAUUGCUGUCUUGUAGUAUAGAGGGAUUUGGAGAAUGCUUCUUAUAGGACCAGCCUUUAUUAAGAUAAGUGCCUAAAAUCAUAAGAAUUGUUCUUCUAGUUUGGUUCAAAAGUCCACCUGGUCCAGCAACUUGUCUCCAACAGCAGCCAACCUGUUGCUACUGAGAAACUUACCAGCCAGGUAUUAUGAAAAUAGUGCCCCUAUUACAUGCCUCCAGUAACCUCAAGUAUAAUAAAGGCUUCAUUCUUGGUUAUCAGUGGUAACCUUUUGUCCUUCAUGAAUCUAAAUUAUUUUUAAAGUCAUCUCUCCUGUGCAACAUCUUUCAGCAGGGCUUAGAAGCUUCUCAGCGAUCCUCCAAGUAGAGCUAGGGCUGUUUUAAACUCCAAUUAAAGAGCUUGUUUCAGUAAACCAGGCAUGGGAGACCUGUUUUUUUACUCGGCCAUAGGCUCGAGUGGCUUUGAUGCACAGUCAGCAGUGCAGCCUUGAAAGUAGGCUUCCUUCAGGAUGCUAGUCUGAAAGACUUCCUGAGAGCUGCCAUUCAACUUUGCAAGUUUGGUGGAAGAUAUGGUGUUGGUUUAAGAGAGCAGAUGAACGCAAGCUCUUGAAAUAGUCGCUUGUCCUGUCACUUGUGGCAAAUAAUCAGCUCUAGGAAGCUUUUGUAGACUUGAGGAGAGCUAAUUCUGUUCUUUCAGGCCACAGAUAUACUAACAUGAUGACUAACAUUGCAAUGUGUGAUAUUUAAUGGGUUAGUAACUUCUGUGGAAUUAAUUGGUGAGGCUAAACGAAAGCUAGCUGAUGCUAAACUCUGUUUAACUUCGUAGCAGUGAGGUUAAUGUUGUCACAGAUGUUCAUCUCUCCACAGAAACAUUUCUUUAAAAUCAGCUGUUUUGACACUUCUCCUCCUUUUAUAGUUCCAUCCUGGAGGGACCACAUGGUAGAGCCUCUGAGAGACCUGAAUACUUCAGAACUUUUAGAGGUAUGUUGCUGAAUAAAUAGCGUUACCAGCCACCAAUGAGCUUCUCCAGAAGCUGACCAACUGUCCCCUACAACUAGGAGGAAAGGCAUUUUUGAAAUUAGCUGACAUAUCCAACUUUUGCACCCCGGUAAUUUGCAGGGGUUUUGCCACAAGGCAGCAUGGGUAUUGCAUUUAGCUUGUAUGCUGGGGAAGAAAAAUGGGCAAAUAGGUCUUUUCACCAUGGGGAAGCAACCAGUAUCAUGGCUGGUUUAAAUGCUUUCAUCCAGGAAAUGAAAAGAAAGAGGACCUUCAACAGCUGAUUGAGAAUCAGUGUCCCUGAAAAGGCACAGCAGAUAAUGUUAAUGCGCUGUGUGUGUGUGUGUGUGUGUGUGUGUAUGCGUGUGUUAAUUUUUCCAUUUAUUAAACCCUUCACAGAACUUGGAUGACAGCGUCUUCUCCAAACGGCAUGCAAAGUUGGAAUUGGAUGAAAAGAGGAGGAAAAGGUGAGAGAGAAUAUCAUUUACUAGUUUAUUUAGUGCUUAAUUUCCAAGGUUAAUUUCUAAGUAGUUUGCAAGUAUAAAACCAAUUACAAAAGAUAUAAACACAACAAAACAAUUUCCUGAAAACAUCCACAAUGAAAUAAACAUGCAUAGUUAAAAUGUACAAUAAAACCAGCCCGUUACAAUAUCUGAAUCGCCUGGUUUCACUUGUAGUCUUUACACUGCAUUUUGAGGGCUUUUGGGAUGGGAGAUAACAGCUAUGUCGUGGAAGGGGUGUGCAGUAAGAGAUUUGUUGAUUCUCUUGUUGUAAUAGCACUGUUUGGCCUUCUCCCCCCUCAGCUGUCAUCUGGGGGCGGCUAUUCCAUCCGACUGCCUUAGUGGGAGAGAUAGGAAGCAAUGUUCCUUUCAUCAGCUUGCUGGAGGCCUAGCUCCAUCAGACACCUGCCCUUGAACUGUGCCAGCUGGCUAAUACAGGAACAGCUGCUUAGAAAUUGGUGCCUGAUUGUUGAUUUUGAUUUUCCUCUCCCCUCCCUGUCCCUUUUCUCUUGAGUGUUGUGUUUUUUAGACUGUCAGCCAAUGGGUAGGGACUGUCUUGUUUUUGAUUGUAUGUAAACUGCUCUGGAAGCCCCCUACCCUUUUUUUUUUUUUUGCCAGAGAGCAGAAUAAAAUCCUCUAAAUACAAGGAAUUGACAUAACUCAUUGAAAUGUGUAGGCAGUCAGUUUGAGCACAAAGCACCUUUUCACACUAGUUGUAGUUAGCCUAUGGAACUCCAGGCCACAGGAUAUUCUGCCAGUUUGCUUUAAAAAAGAAAAAGAAAAAAAAGAUUAGAAUAGUGGAAGAUAGUUUGCUGCUAUCCAUAAUCAAAACGUCUUCAAGUACAAGUUUAAAACACCUUGUUUUACUCCUUUCUCUUCUCCCUUCCCUAGGUGGGAUAUUCAGCGUAUCCGGGAGCAAAGAAUUUUGCAGCGACUACAACUCAGAAUGUAUAAAAAGAAAGGAAUUCAGGAAUCUGAGCCUGAAGUUACCUCAUUUUUCCCAGAGUCAGAUGAUGGUGAGUGGCUUUAAAUAUGGUAUUGCAGGUGUCCUUUUCUCCCACCUGCAAAAGCUUGAUUGAGAAGGAUUGGCACAACCCUGUUGUAAAAGUAGAAAUCCAAAAUGUGAGUGGCUAUUGCAAUUAGAUAGUUUACCUUCUCUUCUCUUUUCAUCCUAGUUGAAAGCUUGCUGAUCACCCCUUACUUGCCUGUUGUAGCAUUUGGCCGACCGUUACCAAAAUUAAACCCACAGUAAGUAUACCCAUAUGCUUACAUUAAAGGAGAAAAUAUUUUAUGGAAAUGGGUGGACUUAAAUUGUGGGCUUCUUGUCUGAGGGGGUGAUCUUGUUUCUGCCUAACGUGAUAGAGUGUUUCGCUAUUUAUAGACAAACUUUGAUUUCAAAGUGAUUUCACAGUUUUGCAAUUGAGUGAGCACUAAAAGGACUAUGAUUUGCAAUCUGCUUAUUGUGAGGUUUAUGGUAUUGAUGGAACAUGUUAAACACACUCCAGCAGGGUUGCCUAUUUUCAGACCCAGAAACUCAUCCAGGGUGCCAGUCACAAAAUGGCUGCCAGGGCGUGGCAUCACACAAAAUGGCUGCUACAUCUAAAAGGGGGAAGACCACAAAAUGGUGUGGGUAUGCCUCUUUAACACUUCUACUCUUAAAUUUUAUGCUGGGUCUUACCAGCUUUUAGGCUAAAAAUGAUUUUACUGGUCAUACUUCUUGGUUCUGUGCAUUUUUGCUGAAAUCUUUAGAACCAUGGCUUUGUAAUAUUCUGUCCCCUAAGACUGCAGAAGUCAGGUACUGAAAAUAGUUGAUAAAAUGUGACAAUUAUUUCACUGGAUGGCUGAUAGAAACUUGAUUUUCAUGGUAUUCUUUCAAAUGUCCUGCUUUCUAAUUCCAUUCGCAAGUUCAACUCAAGGCUUUUUCACUUCUUGACAUGUUUUGUAGUAAUAAUUUAAAAAGAAUGCUACACAUGAAGAACAACAUUUCAGGAACUGUUGUUCAGUCUUUUAUAUUCUUUAAAAUACCAUGCAAAAUAUGUGCAGAUUGGCUACUCUGUGGCUUACACUUAUUUCCAGUGUGUCUAUAAAUGACUGACAUGUGCUUAUUGCCAGCUCCUCACAUAGGACUAGAAACUUGAGCUGCCAGAUCUUUCCGUUCACCAUAAUUAACUGUUUUCCAUGGGCCACUUUGUUCCACAGGAAUUUUGAACUGCCGUGGCUGGAUGAGCGAAGCCGUUGCCGGCUGGAGAUGCAGAAGAAACAGACUCCUCACCGGACAUGCAGAAAAUAGGCAUGUCCAACUAGGAGAAAACUCUGCCUUGAUGGUAGGCUUGUGCUAUUUGCAGCAAAUGGCAGAGAACCUAUAUGUUCUGUCAUGUCACUCUUUCCCCGUGAUGUAUAUUCUUGUUUACUAUAAAUAAUUUUUACGCUCACAUAUAGUUUUAUUUUCUCCCCCACCCCACCCCCAUAAACUUCUUCACUGGUUUUCCAUUUUUUCCUUUGUCUGGCAGAAAGUACUGGAGGCUUGUGUUGGGACAGCAAGGUUGGCAGCUUACAAUGCACUUCAGUUUAUCUCUAUUGGAUAAUUAACAGCCAUUUAAAAACUGAAAGGUGGACAAGCAUUAAAAAAAUACAAUGAAACUCUUCUCAUUUGUAAGUUCUCGAGCAUGCAAAGCCCACCCCUUCUUUUACAAACUAAUAAAGCCUUUUGAAAUAUUUAGCCUGCUGGUUAACGACCUUGAACAUUUGUGUGGGUGGGAGACACAUUACCCAUUAAGAUAUAUUGGACAAACAUUGAUGUUUCUUCUUGUCCUGGUGCUUGUAAUUGCUGUUCUAAAAAGGCUCUGCAUAUGGUUCUAUACAUUUCCUCCCACCUCGUUUGGUUUUUCAUGUUCUACUGUUAUGAUAUGGCUAGUUAAUAUAUUUUCAAUGGGUAUAAACAACCCUUGUUCAUACCUUCUGCUUCUGAUUACAGGACAGCAGGUUAUUAAACUUGACAUUUUAUUACUUAUAGUAAAGGGCUCCAUACCUUGACAACUAUGUCACACUGUUAGUUCUGUUGGAACAGUUAGGUAUAAACCAGGGUUGACAGUGCAAUGUCAGAUUGUCUCCAGACUUUUCCUGGUUUGUUUUACCAGCAGGCUCUUUAUUUCUUAGUUUUCUUCUGUUAUAUACAGUGUGGCUAAAUUGUAGGCUAUUUUUAUAUAUAAAAGAAACAAAAUUUUGCACAAUUCUAGUUUCUUAUUGGAAAUUCUCAUUGGCAGUUCUGCCAGAUUUGCUAAUAAAUGAGGCAUGGAGAAUUGAGUAGAUAAUGACCCGUGGCACUGCCAAGCAGCACAAACGGCAUCUCAAAAUAGUCCACCCCAGCUUCACCAAAAAUCCCAGACUUUGCCUCUUACCUGGUAUAUGAUGGAAGGACUUUGUUGCUUAGCAACCACCAUGUACUUCCAUCCCCAGAUCCGGCAAAGCAACUGCUACUGGAGGGAAGGGCAACAAUGAGAGAGGCAAAAGGAUUUUAUCCUCUUGCCAUACAUAAAGUGAUUAAUCCCCCCAAUAUCUCUUGAAAACGAUGGUUUCCUCUCCCUGCCUGAAGUCCAUUGCAACAUAAGUUUAUAUGUAUCUUAGGGAAGGUUAAAGUCUGUUAGAGAAGUGGUUGUGCCUGUAUUCUUCACUACAGCAACUCCCAUUUGUUUACAUUGAGUUAAAUCAAAGUAACAGCUGAACCCUUGUGUCUGUUUGAAGCUUGUUUAGCAUCUUUUAAGUAAGAUUCCAGCUCCUGAAGAUGAAACAUUCAUCCCCUCCAGAGAACAGGGAAUUCCUUUAUAAUUCCACAUUCUCAUCUGCCUGAUCCAUGCAAUUGCAGGAAGCUGCCUGGGUAUGUGUGAUAUGCACACAUGCUCAGAUGAGCAGUGAAGCUACCUUUUACUUCUUUGCAUUGAAUGAAACUUCUGUAUAAAUAGAAAGCAAGCUCUGGGUCUCAGUUUCAUUGCUUGUUGCAGAUCCCAGUGCAGGAUGAUGUCCAAUGCUUUUGCACACUAAGGACAUCAUUGAAGGGUAAAUGCUUAUCUAACACAUUUGUUUUUCUAUCACAUCUUUCAAAUACUUCUAGUAGUUGCUGUUCCACUUCUGGGUUACGUUCCCCGGGAAUUCAGAAGGAUACCUUCCCCCCCCCCUCAGAGUAGCACGCUCAAUGUGAACAUAGUUAAAGAGGUCAUGAGUGUGGCUUAAACUUCAAAAUGAGAAAAACAGAUCCUGUCUUUUGCCAAGUAAUCCGUGUAGUUGAGGUAGUGCACAAUGCUUGCCUAAUUUUAUUUUAAAUAAGGCUGUAUUUGAAUCUUUUGCUCUCUUUUAGCAUGCCAGCAUGCAUCCUUAUUUUUAUUUCUUUUUUGCACCCUGCAGUUACAAGCCUGGAUGUUAAAAAAAAGAAGCCUCAAGUAUAGGCUUCUUGAAGGCACUGAUUUCAGACUUGAUCCUGCCAACACUUGGGCCUACUUUCUGCUCUCAAGUAAGCACAAGCAGUUUGCAAGAUUGUGUCUUAGGUCUAUAUCCCAUUGGGGGAGGGGAUAACUGCUUUUGCUUAGCCCAGAAAACAUCUAUUAUCAGAAGUGCCACAGUGUGUGUUUCUGAAAUACAACAGCAAAAUAUUCCCUAGUCAGUAGUGUGCUGGUUUACAGUACAAGAAGAAUCCCACUUAUAUAAUAACACAUGCAAUUUAGAUCUAAGAGGAUGGGUAGGUGUGUGGAAGUAGGUAGGGGUUGUACAAAGCAUUUGCAGUGGAUGUUAGUUGGGAGUGGAGGGAAUAGCCUUCCCUAUAGGGGAUACAGCACUGUGAAAUUUGUAUUUGCCCUUGCAAAUUAGAUCUGAUACUUGGUUUAGGACAAAACAUUACUUUUAACCAAGCUUAUGGUAGUUCAAAAAAAAAAGUGUCUGUAAUCCCUUCCUUUGUUUUCUGCCCUUUGACAUGUGGUUGUCUGCAAAUGCAUCCUUUUUGAUACCAUUUUAAAUAUGUAAAAUCAGUUGUCUUGUAAAUAUCUUAUAAAGGAAAAAAAGUUUGUAAAUACCAAAUUUGUGGCUGUUAAUGUUUGGGGUUUUUGUUUUUUAAAAACUUUUUGCUUCAGUUCAUUUAGGUUUAACAGUGUUAACAGGGAGUAUUAAGAGAAAUUCUGCUUGUAUGUUUAAACAAAAUUGAAACAAAUCAUUUUUUUUUUUUACAAUAAAAUGGAAAGAAUAUU